GGCUCCCCGGGAAGCUUUACCAAAGGACAGGGGGCUGGUGCUGAACGGGGAGAAGGGUGAGGCACCUAGAGCUAUGAAUUUUGUGGCCCGCUUGUUUUUCUUGAAGGAACCACUGGACCGAUCUUCUGGGGCUCACUUUGAUGGUGAAGAAGAGUAUGAUCUUUUCUGGCCAAGGUUGGAGAACUCUGCGAUCUUAAGUUAGAACUAGAGUUUUGUCUGCCCCCUGCCCAGCCCUGACUUCCUUUAGCGACUCAUGGAUCGUCCCCCAGCUAGGAACAGACCUAGACCCAGGGGAAUUGACUACCCAGAAAUCCAGUCACCCUGGUUGCCUCCUUACACUGCUGUGGCUAAGAUUCUGCUUCAACUCUUUGUCUAUGUGGCUGUUGUAUUGUUUAGCUAUGCUGAGGAGCUGAUUUCCAGGAGGAACAGUGAUAAAGAAAAGAAAUCUGAAGCUGCCGUUCUCCAGGCAGUCUGCAGCACAGAAAAAGAGUCCUUGGAAAAUAGUAGCCUUGGCCAGUGCCGGCCACCCAACCAGCUUGAGCAGUUAAAGGAUUAUGUAGAAGAGGAUGGUCUUCAAGGAAAUGCUAAGACAUGGAAGUUGAAGGUGUUGGCACAUGGAGAAGAGUCCCCAGUCAUGCCAUCCAAAGGCAGGGCCUGCCAAGAAGCAUCCAGCUUUAAGUUGAUCGGAUUGGAAGAUAUUAACGCGGCAGUCUCCCAGAUCCAGAUGCACAUCCAGGUCACUCCAUGCUCGUAUUCUAGACUGUCCAAGAGAUAUGGCAUGGAGCUCUAUCUAAAGAAGGAAUUUCUCCAGUACACAGGCUCAGUGAAGGAUCGAGGUGUACUCUGCCUCUUGGCCUCUCUCCAUCAGGACCAGCAAAGAAAGGGAGUGAUUGUUGCCUCUGACAGCAACUUCUCCAUGGCAGUGGCCUACCAUGCAACUGAACUCCAGAUCCCAGUGUUUGUCAUCAUGCCCACCAAUACUUCUGUGACCAGGGUGAGGAUGUGUCGGGACUAUGGUGCCGUGGUGAUCACCUUUGGUGGAUCAGCCAAGGACUCACGGAGUCAUGCCCAACAGCUAGCCCAGAAGAAUGAUUAUCUCUACCUGGAGGAGGAGGAAGACAAUGUCAAGUACCUUUCUGGUCUGGGCACUAUGGGACUGGAAAUCUUCAGGCAGGUACCAAACCUGGAUGCAGUGGUGUUCCCUGCUGGAGGCCCUUGUGGACUUCUGGCAGGCUCUGCAGCUGCACUGAAGCAGCUGAACCCCAAAGUCUCUGUGAUUGGUGUCCAACCUGAGAGUUUUCCUGUCAUAAAGCAUUCUCUGAAGAUGAGCCAUCCGGUAGAGAGCCAGACCUGGGGUGGUCACAUGUUCUAUAGAGACCUGAGUGAGCCAUGCUCCAGGAAAAAUACUCUCCAGCUGGUGGGGGAGCUUGUGGACAAGAUUGUCACAGUGACGGAAGAAGACAUUUUGAUUGCCAUGCUGAGGCUGCUGGAGUAUGAGAGAGCCACAGUCGAUGCAGAAGGUGCCAUUGGUCUCGCUGCCAUUGCGGCUGGGAAGUUACCAGAGUUAAAGGGCAAAAGAGUGAUUGUGGUCCUGUGCAGUGGAAACCUUAGCCUGACCCUCCUACAACAAUGCAUUCAGAGGGCCCUGACCCUGGAUAGCCGGACCUGCAAGUUCUCUCUCUGGCUGAGUGACAGUGCGGGGGAUAUUGCCAAGCUGCUGGAAAUCCUGGACCGAGAAGCAGUAAGGGUUCUGGACAUUCAGAAGGAACAUGGGUUUGUGACCUCUAAACUCUUCAUGACAAAGGUCACCUGUGUUGCUGAGACUAGAGACAAGGAACAAGCAGCCCAGCUCCGAAGUGCCCUCUUAGAGCGCUACCCAUCCCUGGAGUGGAUGCAGCAGUGAGGUGGAGUUACAUCCCUAACACUAGAGACAGCAGCAUUUUUAAUCCAUCCAAAGAAGCCCCUACGGUUGUAGUCCCCUGAUGGGCCAGAGUGGGAGGUGGGCUAGUGAAAGGCAGUGGCAAAAAAAAAAAAUGCUCUGAAGGAAAAUCUAUAGGGUGUAAGUCAUAAGAAUUCAGAGAUCACAAAGGGGUGGAAUGGGGAAGCACUCAAUUUGGAGUCAUGGGUGUUGGAUUCUGUUCUAGGAGAGUCCCGACUUCUGUGGGCCUAAAAUUCCUAAUCUGUAAAAACAAUAUUCAAGGUAUCAAAUGGAAUUGGACUACAUGUGCAUAUACACAUUUAAAUUCUUACAGCAUCCGGUACAAAGCCCUGCCCACAAAAGAAGUUUAAUAAAUGUUUGUUGAUUGAAUCAAU